CCUUCAGUAGAUGCACGGCGGCUUGAGACUCUGGGUGUCCGGAGGUGCUCCUCAUCAUCAUCGGUCCUAAUAAGGGCUACGAAAAGAUACGAAACUGACACCCGUAACCACCAUGCCUUGUCAGUCUCCUAGUAUACGCUUCAGCACCUAACCUCCUUCUAAUACGAAGACCUAUCGCACAGCCAUCUCCAGAAUAGUACCGUUUAAUCUAAAGAAUACUUCAGAAUAGGUGUGCCUUCUCACCAUGAAACUCUUUGCACUAAUUGGGCUCAAAGCUGCCUUAUGCGGUGCGUUAGCGGUACCCGCGCCGGACUCCCGUCUAAUGGAAGAACGAAGCAAGCUGCAGAGCUGCACGAACUUCUAUCUUGACUGGAAUGGGAAGGGAUUGGCCUUUCUCCACGCAGAAUGCUAUGGCUACAAUUACAGACAUGGAGAAUGGAACAAGGUCGACGCCGGUAUAGAUCUCAACAAAUGCAUGGCCAACGCGGAUGGCAGCUUGCAGGAUCGCGAGCACGGAUUCUUCGCUUCAACCUGUCAUAAACUGAGCGUCAUUCAAGCUCCCGACCCCGACAGUCAUGCAAUUCUAUUCUCUGCGACAUGCGACGGUCCACCGCCUUUGGGUGGAACAAUAAGUACCCGCGAUCUAGGACAUUUUAUUACUGUUGAUAAUGGCACACUCACUUGCUUCAAUCUACAGGAGCCAUAUUGCCCUGAAUGUUGGCAUGCCGAGUAAGGAGGCCAACUCUUCUACACCGGUGAUAACUAUGUUGUGGGGAAUUGAUGGAAGGGGGUAUUUAGAUUUCGACUAGGUGUUGAGAGAAUUAUCCUGCAAAAACCUGGGUGUUUAAGGCGAGCUUACAGCAUUUUUGGCCACAAAAUGUUUAGAUGUCAUCAUUUUGGUUAUUUUCCUAUUGAAUUGUCCCAAGGAAGGGCACAGAGGACUAUUUUAGCAGGUUUCCACGCAACACCCACCGCAACCACUAUUGACUCUUCACGAGGCUUGAUUGCAUGUCUUUCGCCUUUGCGGUCGUCAUAAUAAUGACCACGUUCACAGAAAACCCCGCCCCAUGAAUUAUGCCCCUUUAUGUAGCUCUUUGUGUACGAUUUUAUGCCGCUAUCUUUGAGAAAGCGUUCGUGAUGCUCUGUUUCAGGUGUGCAUCAGCUCCAUCGUCUUGCUGAAGGCGAUCUCAACUGCGCUCCUGAGUGCUGGCUGU